GAUUCCGGCGGCGACGGCGGCAGCAGCGACCAGCAUGGCAGCCAUCCACUUUCCUUGAGGAGGUCGGUGAGUGUUUGGUGCCCGCCCCGAUGGUGGCGGAGCCCAUAGCGGUCGAUACGGUAGUGGAGCUUGAGGUGGCGUUGCAAAAGAUGCUGGAUCAGGCGCAACCGGAGCCGGAGGGUCCGGCUUUCACAGCGAAGGCACAAAUCUUGCCGGGCAGUGAAGCGGCGGCGGAGAGGAAAGCCAGUUCUCCACCCAGUUCGGAGCUGUCAACUGGGAAGAUGAACCCCCGAGCGCCUGGAUGGAAUAAGAGGUUGAGGACCGUUGCUGCAACUCCAAGCCGCCCACCUUGCCCAAACCGCACCAGUGCAUUUGAGAAGGCCGUUCGUAGCUAUGCCGAAAACCCAAGUGAGAAUGUAAUAACCCCAACUGUCGGCACAUCGUUCGACUCGGUUGGGGAGGCAUACGACUUUUACAAUUUGUAUUCAUGGGAAAAGGGCUUUGGUAUUCGAUACGGUAAGAGCCGACUGAAUGUUGAGAGGACGAAGUGCAUGCAGGAAAUAGUCUAUGGUUGCUCGGGGAAAGCUGGUGUGGAGAACACAAGGUCAUGUCAUUGCGAAUGCCCUGCUCUGAUAAUGGCUGGACCAAUGCAUCAGAGGCAAGUGGCGAAUGCAACGACUGCUGUGUCGAGGCAUAAUGCCAUUGAUGCAGGUCCCCCGGGCUUCGGGCGUAGCACGGCCACAUCUGUUGGUGUGCAACAGACAGAAGGAGAUGAAAAUGAAAUGGGGAAUAUCUUGCAAGAGAUCACAGAAAUGCAAGCUACUACUAUAGAUGGGGGGAGAAGACAUGUAAUUUCAUCAUGCAAAAAUAUAACGAUUGGCAUGGAGUGUGCUAGAGCUAGGAAUGUCACUGUGAAACAUGAGAACGAUGAGGAUAGCUGUAGACAGCCUCGUGUGCUAGACAUUGACGGGGAGUGUGCGAGGAAGCUCCAGAAAGAGCUGGACGAGGAAUCCACUGACGAGCAAAUCAGGGUGGCGACCACACAUCAUGGUCAGGGAACAGGGGCAGGUGGUCAUAGAGCAUCAGACAUGGGAGUUCAGACGAGGUUGGACGAUUUUUUCCACUGUCGGACUGGUCUGGCCAGACAAUGAACCACUGAAGGACGGAGAUGUGUCAUUCGGAAGAAACGUAAGUGCAGCAAGAAAUCAAGAAAGGGGAGGGCUAAACAACGAGGUUCUCAAAUAUUGUUCAGACGAUCUGUCCAACAGAAAGCUCUGAAUCAGAUGACAGCAGCACAGAUGACGGGAACAUUGCUUACUACAUAGAGUUGCCAACAUCGAGACGAAAUACUAUGCCA